AUGAAAGUGUUAAAUGGAGGUAUACGGAUUGUGAACAGCAAGUUGACAAACUUGUCGUUUUUCAAAAAUGGAAAAAAUCAGGAAAUUUUUGAAUUUGGAUGUCAAACACACGGCUUCUACAUUCAAAACAAUACGCAACUCAUCGAUGCGAAAACACUUGUGAGUAUUGAUUAUCAAGAUGGAAGAAGUAAUGGAAAAUGCGAUAUUCGAUUAGAAGAUAACAUGAAUUUGGAUGCAAAAGAGUUGUGUGACAACGGUCAUUUGUCUAGUUUUCUCGAAAUGAGCGUCACUGGGAACUUGAGAGAUUGUGGUUGUCAAGGAGGUGCGAUUUUCACCAACACUUCCAGUCUCUUCACUAAUUGCCGGACUAUAUUUGGCGGGCUGAAAAUAACUAAUGCUUCACUCUCCACUGAUUUUCAGUGGUUAUCAAAUAUCACAGUUAUAAAUGGAGAUGUGGAUAUUGGGUUCACAAGUUUUCAGAAUCUUUCGUUCUUCGAAAAUUUGGAAUUCAUCAGGGUUGAUAAUUUCGAGUACUCUAUGAAAGUCGUGCUUGAUAUUCACGAUAAUCCGAACAUGACAAGACUUUUAAUUCCUAAUUUAAAGGAGCUGACAAACACUAGAGAAGGAUACCGCAUUGCGAAUAUCCAAAAUCUCCAUUCUGAUUUUUGUCUGACUAUCCGAGAGAUUGUAACUUUUCUGGAAUCUAAUGUUUGUUUCAUGAAUCUUCAUGCGAAAUAUUGUGAAGAAACUGGAGAUUUGAAUGAAAUCAAACUAUGCCAUUUCUCUGGAAAAAUCAGCGAAUUGGGGGACGAUUGCGUUUAUAUUUUGGGCGACUUGAAAAUUGGACCGGGAGAUAAGAAACACGUGGCAAAACUAAAGAAAAUAUCUCAUGUUUUUGGAAGAUUGAUUGUGAAAAAUAGUGAUUUCGAAGAUUUAAAUUUCUUGUCAACUUUAGAAUAUAUCGGUUUGCUGGACGAAUCUCUCCCAGUCAUUGAAAUCGUCUCUAACAAAAACCUAAAAAACGCUCACUUGUCGAACUUGAAGAGCAUAAUCACUAGAGGUGAACUAUAUGCACUCGUACAUGACAACCAUCCAGAGUUAGUCAAGGUUGAAAAUGUGGAUUACUUUCAGCUGUUCGACAUAAAAUAUCUUCCAAAUAUCACAUUUUAUGGAGGAGAUUGGGGGUGUCCUAGUGACAAGUCCAAUGUUAUCGACCCGAACUUCUACAACUCUUGCACAGUCCUUAUCAAUGGCUUAAAACUUUCAAAUGCUUCGAUUCCACCUUUUAUCGAAAAUCUGUCAAAUCUUAAAAUUCUGUCAGGGGCGAUAGAAAUAACUGACACACAAUUGAGAAACUUAUCAUUUUUGGAGAAUGUGGAACUUAUUGAAUCUCCAACUUAUGAAAAAAUGCAAGGAAUCAAUAUUAAUAUUCAUAACAACCCAGAGAUGACACGACUGGGAUUGAAGUCGUUGAAAACGAUUGACUUUUACCCUUCUCCAACUAUCAACUUUGAAAACCUUCAUCCAGACUUCUGUUUAACAUUGCAAGAAAUUCUUUUAUUUCUAGAUUCAAAUGCAAUUUUCCUUUUUCUUCAUGCUAGAGUUUGCGACUUUGAAGUAUCCGAAAUCAAACAGAAAACUUGUCGAUUUGAAAAUAUGACCUCAUUAGAAUCAAGCUGUAUUUAUUUGUUUGGAGAUGUGUUAGUUGGAAAAGGGGAAGAGAAACAGACCGAAAAACUGAAAACGGUAAAUAUCAUCUUUGGAACUCUAACCAUUCAAAACACUGACUUGGACGACUUGAAGUUUCUAGGGAAUCUCUAUAAAAUGGCAAAUUUGAAUGAGUCUCGCCCUCUUAUUCGAAUCAUCAAUAACACUAACAUGAAAAAUGCGGAACUGCCAAAAAUGAAUGGAAGUAUAUGCAGGGGGUUCUCUAGAGCUGUUAUUGAGGAUAACUAUAUUUUCGAUUCUGUAAAAUCUUGUAUGAAAUUCCAAUAUCAUACAGGGACAAAUGUGACAUAUAAUGGAGGGAAUUGCAGAGGAUACACUAGCAGAUCCGCUCCAAUUGAUUGUUUGCUCUCGAUGUUCAUGGUUAUCGUCGCUAAUUUUUUAAAGAAUAAAUGA